AUUUAUGUUAUAUUCCUUUUUAAAUCACCACCAUGAGUCCAUGAGUACUAUUUAGAAGUUAAACACUAUUAAGGGGUAAACUUUAAAAUAUAACCUAUCCGUCCCAAUAAUCUGUAACCCUAUCUUCAUCCUUCCCUUAACACAGUUGAAGGUGAUAUUGAUCGAAGGGAAAAGAUGCCAGGCAAGACAUUUUAUUAAGCAGAUCUUUUUUGUUUUCCUUGGUACUUGUUGUUUUUCUCCUAAUCAUUGAUGAGCGUAGGACGCAAUGCUCAAGAAGUUGUGGCUUUGCUGUUUUGGGGAGGGGAAAUGAUAAAGCGAGGAGAUCUCGGCUCUGUGGACUAUUCGGAUCCCCCGAAAACGAUGUGUUUCUUGAGCCGCUACAGUGCCUAUGAGGAUCUCGUGGCGAAGGUGCAUUUGGCGAUGAACACCGAUGAAGAGGAAACGAGUUUGAGUCUGUUCGGGAAGUACCCCGAAAAGGUGGACGGAGAGAAAUUGGUGUUCGUCUCUGUUCCGCUCACCGACAAUCGAUCGUGGCGGUGGUUUCUGCAGGCGAUGGAUCUAUCACAGCCCGUUCACGUUUAUGUCGUUGCCACCGGAGAAAGGAGAGCACCAGAUACCGAGGACCGCAACCUCAGAGCGCGUGAUCCAUGGAGCGUGGUGGAGACGAUAGCCACAUCCGUGUUUGAGUCUUCAAUGGGAGGACGGUAAGACGGCUGCUUACUACAACAUCCAGCAGCAUUGCACUCUCCAGCUUGUCCGCAGGGUAUGCGGUUGUUAGUAUAUUUGCAUAUAGUUACCCUUUUUAGCACUAGCCAUGGAAUAUGUAGUUCAUUUUGUUUUUGGUUUUUGGUUUAUCGAUUUGAAUCAUUGCGUGUGGGAUGGAUCGGAUGCUGCAUUGGUUUUUUUUCACUCAAACUUUGGUUAUUGAUGUUCAUGGGGUGGAAUAGGAUCCUCUCCCACACGGCGGAGUUUCGAGCACCAAACGAACGAAAGUUCUCCAAAGAAGCAAAUCUCCCUUUUUUGAAACUCUAUAACUCUUUGGAAACUCUCCAAAUAAGCAAAGGGUCGUUACGUGCAAUAUAGCAAGAAGCAAACCCUCUGAAUAUCAUUAUAAUUUGAUGCUCUAUAAUCAUCAGUACAAUGAA